AUGAGAGUGGUACCAGGCGUCAUUUCAAGCGUGCUUUUGGCAUAUACGGGACUUUGUGCGCAGCUUGAACGCAACGGUUCCACAAGCUCUUCAAGAAUCACAAGUUUCCGGGAUAUUGAAAUUCUUAACGACACUCUCGCCACAUCCCAGACAGAGACAGGCAUUGAUGCAAUCACGGUUUGGCCGGCCAAAUCAAAACCGUACGAUGACGUCCAAAUCUCGCAGGAACUUUACGAGCGGCUCGUCUAUUUCAGUAAAAUAUGCGCAUUGACUUAUUGCAUUACUGGAGAGGAGCUGGUCGUUGGCUCGACGUUUGCCGAAGGCGGGUGCCCUGCUAAAUUGGAUUUCUGUUCCGAUGAAACCAUCAACCCUACUGCAGGGCGAACAGUGGUAGAGUUGGUGCUGUUGGCUGAGAGUAACGAGCUCGGAACUGGCUUUUUGGCUGUGGAUCACGAAAAAGAAGUGGUGGUUUUAUCAUUCAGAGGCUCAUCCACCAAUCAAGACUGGCUCAGCGAUUUCGCAAUAUACCCUACGCCUUAUGAGCCUGUUUCUAAAGAACAUUAUAGACAAUGGGUCGACGCAGGCAGAAUCUCGGAGUGCGAGGACUGUCUUGUCCACAGAGGCUUCAACGUCUUUCUAAAAACAUUAAGCUCUCAGUUCUUUGAAAGAAUCGAGGCCAUUUUUGACACUUUUCCCGAUUAUAAUCUAGUUGUUACAGGUCAUUCCCUGGGUGCUGCUGUUGCAAGUUUGGCUGGCAUUGAGCUACGUUUAAGAGGUCAUGAUCCACUGGUACUGACAUAUGCCUCGCCAAACAUAUUUAGCGGGAAAUUGAGGGCCUGGGUUGACGAACUCUUUGAGACUGAGCGUAUCCAUCAGCUGUCGCUGGAUGAAGGUGAGGUUAUGUUUCGUAAGGGCUAUUUUAGAGUGGUCCAUGAUGGUGACUACAUUACCAUGGUCCCACCCUUCUACGAGCCGGCAGGACUGGAAUUAUUCAUCACUCACAGAGAACUUCCUCAGAGACUAGAGGAUCUACAGUACCGCGGUUCGUCUACAAACAUUGUGUCACUGGAGAACGGGAAUGUCAGCCUGGCAGGCAGCGGACAAGGCCACAGGUUCUUGGGACCUUUAGAAAGGUGGAUCCAUAUGUACGAGCAUCGUGCUUACUUCUUAUUGAUAAACACCUGCGACGGGUUUUAA